AUGAAGGAAGUUCCCAGAAGUCCGUGUUGUUUGAGCUGUGAGAUGUUGAGCGCUCUGAUCCUGCUGACCCUCGGAGGAGCCGUCGGUCUCCACGUCUGCUCCUUCAACAUACAGUCGUUCGGGGAGAGUAAAGUCUCCAGACCUGAUGUGCUGGACAUCAUAGUGCAGAUCAUCAGUCGCUGUGACCUCAUGCUCAUCCUGGAGAUCAAAGAUGUGAAAGGAAAAGCGUUUGAUCAACUCAUGACUCACCUGAACAGCAGGUCCAGGACACGAGCACAUACAUUUAGCUCUGUUAUUAGCGAAAGACUCGGGAGGAAAACAUACAAGGAGCAGUAUGCCUUCAUUUACAGGCAUAAGAUGCUGACUGUGAAAGCCGUCUAUCAGUAUCCAGACACACAAAGCGGAGAUGAAGAUGCUUUUGCUCGAGAACCGUUUGUCGUGUGGUUCUCAGCUCCAAACACUGAAAUCAAGGAUUUUGUCAUCAUUCCUAUUCAUACGGUCCCAGAAGCCGCUGUGAAAGAAAUCGACGAACUGUAUGAUGUUUAUCAGAAUAUUUCACAGAUGUGGCGAUCUGACAACUUCAUCAUCAUGGGAGAUUUCAACGCCGCCUGCGGUUACGUUCCCAAGAGGCAGUGGAUGAACAUCCGUCUGCGCUCGGAGAGAGAGUUUGUGUGGCUGACGGAUGACAGUCUGGACACGUCAGUGAAGACCUCCACCAACUGUGCUUAUGACAGGGUUGUCCUCCGCGGAGAGAAGAUGAUUGCGGCUGUGAAUCCUGAAUCAGUGGAGGUCUUCAACUUUAAAGAUGAGUUUGGCCUCACCGAGCAGGAGGCUCUGGCAGUGAGUGAUCAUUUCCCGCUCUGCUUCACUGUGACUCGAGCACAGAGGAGAGGAUGACAACAUUCUCACUUUACUCUUUUCCCGCUCGUCUGCUUCAUUAGUGCUACAGAAGAGAAUGAAGAACAGCUUAUUAUAAAGUGAAGCGGUUCAAACAUAAUCAGAGACGCAGAAAGUGAGAGUUCAGCACUUCAGAAGAAGAACAGAAAUGCUUCACUGAAAGAUGAAGAAGAGCUUCCAGUGCUUGUUAAUUAUGAACCAGCGUCU